AAUCAAAAAAUCCUUACGAGGAGAGGUUUUGACUUGCGGGAACCAGCGGCCAUAUAUAACGGCGAUCUGUUGCUUAAUCCUUCUCUUGUCGGAAAAGCCCAAAAAGAGCAAAGCAGAGCAGAGAGAGAGAGAGAGAGAGAGAGAGAGAGCGAGCGAGAGCGAGGGAGAGAGUUGAGUAAUCUGCUCACACAGAAUUCGAUUCUCUAUCAGAAGCUUACGAAUCUCUUCAAGAUUCAAUUCAAUACAGAGAUUGCUCAAUUGGGGUGUGAAUUCGUGGUUUCUUUGAUCACACACAGGGAGAGAGAGAGAGAGAGGGAGAGAGCUGAGUAAUUUGCUCAUUUAACGGGUUUUUUUACUUGGGUACUGGUUGAUUUGUAGCGAUUGAAUGAACAUGUUGAGAGAUGAGGUUUAAGAACAACAAAUGGGGUGUGUUCUUGGUAGAGAAGCCUCCUCGGGCGUAGCUUCGGAGGCUAAGGAGGAGAGGAGGGAGAAGGAGAAUGAAAAGAAGGAGGAGAAGAGGGUGGAAUCUGAUGGGAAGUUAGAUGUUGGUGUGGUGGAGGCUCAUGGUAAUGCAGAGGUCGCGGAGGCGACCCAGACGGAGGAGAAGCAAGGUGGGAGUCGACGGCCACGGGGCGAUAGAAGAAGGUCGAGGACGAAUCUGAGGUCAGGUAAUCUGCCAAAGCAUCUUCAUGGAGAGCAGGUUGCAGCCGGUUGGCCAUCUUGGCUCUCUGCCGUUGCUGGGGAAGCUAUCAAUGGUUGGAUUCCUCGACGUGCAGACACUUUUGAGAAAAUUGAUAAGAUUGGGCAAGGAACCUAUAGCAAUGUGUAUAAAGCUAAAGAUAUGUUGACGGGGAAAAUUGUUGCACUAAAAAAGGUCCGCUUUGACAAUUUGGAACCUGAGAGUGUGAAAUUUAUGGCUAGAGAGAUUCUCAUUCUGCGUCGAUUGGAUCAUCCCAACGUAGUGAAGUUAGAAGGUUUAGUUACUUCGAGGAUGUCCUGUAGUUUAUAUCUGGUGUUUGAGUACAUGGAACAUGAUUUGGCUGGACUAGCUGCAAGCCCCGGUAUCAAGUUUACGGAGCCUCAGGUCAAAUGUUAUAUGCACCAACUUCUAUCUGGACUUGAGCAUUGUCAUAACCGCGGGGUGCUGCACCGUGACAUUAAGGGGUCAAAUCUUCUUCUUGAUAAUGGAGGAAUACUUAAGAUUGCUGAUUUUGGAUUGGCUUCCUUUUUUGAUCCUAACCACAAGCACCCUAUGACUAGUCGAGUGGUCACUUUAUGGUAUCGACCCCCAGAGCUUCUCCUAGGGGCUACUGAUUAUGGUGUAGGUGUGGACCUCUGGAGUGCAGGCUGCAUUUUGGCUGAGUUAUUAGCUGGCAAACCUAUCAUGCCUGGUCGCACAGAGGUGGAGCAACUGCAUAAGAUAUACAAACUAUGCGGUUCACCCUCUGAUGAGUAUUGGAGAAAGUCAAAGUUGCCGAAUGCAACCUUAUUCAAGCCCCGAGAGCCUUACAAACGUUGCAUAUCAGAGACAUUUAAAGACUUCCCUCCAUCAUCACUUCCACUUAUAGAAACUCUUCUUGCAAUUGAUCCAGCUGAGCGUUUGACAGCAACUGUUGCAUUGAGAAGUGAAUUCUUCACAACCAAACCUUAUGCUUGUGAACCAUCAAGCCUCCCACAAUAUCCUCCAAGCAAGGAGAUGGAUGCCAAGCGAAGGGAUGAUGAAGCUCGAAGGCUGAGAGCUGCUAGCAAAGCCCAUGGUGAUGCUGCAAAGAAAGUACGUACACGUGAUCGUGCUGUAAGGGCAAUUCCCGCUCCAGAAGCCAAUGCAGAGCUUCAAUAUAAUAUUGACCGACGGCGUCUAAUUACACAUGCAAAUGCAAAGAGCAAGAGCGAAAAGUUUCCUCCACCCCACCAAGAUGGGGCGCUGGGCUUUCCCCUGGGUUCUUCACAUCACAUUGAUCCUGCACUUGUUCCUCCUGAUGUUCCAUUCAGUUCCACCUCAUUCGCUUAUCCCAAAGAGCCAGUCCAAACUUGGUCAGGUCCAUUGGCUGAUCCUGGUGGCAUUGGUACCACAAGGAGAAAAAAACACCCAACAAGCGAUGCUCGAGACGCAUCAAAAACAGCAACCCAGAAAGAUAAAUAUAGUGACAGUCGGGUUAAAGGAAGACGAGCAUAAUCUAAUUCAUCUGUAUUCAGAGGAGAAUUUCAUUCAUAUUUUUUUUCUUUUCUUUUUCUUUUCCAUUUUUAAAGAUGAAGCAUUUUUUAAGUCCCAUUUGUUCUGGUAGCAAGAAGCUUCCUUGGUUAUGUAUAUUUUGAUUUUUUUUUUUUAAUACAUGUGUUGAGAACUGAACAUGGUUGAGAUUAGUGCAAAUUUUAAUAAAAGGAUUAAAGCUUCAUUUCUGUUUUCAA